AGAAACCGUACCUGUCGCCGAGUUUUCUGUUGCGUGUGUGUGUGCCUCGAUUAGUGUGAUUGUUGGUGCGUGUGUGUGUGUUGAGCUAAUCAUCGGUCUGCAGGUCGAAAGAGUCUGUGAUACGGAAGUGACGCAUACAGUAUGUCGGAACAACAAAUGGAUUGCGCGCUCGACUUGAUGCGGCGUCUUCCACCCCAACAGAUCGAAAAGAACCUGAUCGAUCUGAUCGACCUGGCGCCGGACCUGUGCGAGGAUCUGCUGACAUCCGUCGACCAGCCGCUGAAGAUAGCAAAGGACAAGGAAACGGGCAAGGACUAUCUGCUGUGCGACUACAACCGUGACGGCGACUCGUACCGUUCGCCCUGGUCCAACACGUACGACCCGCCGCUGGAGGAUGGUUCGAUGCCGUCCGAGCGGCUACGCAAGCUGGAGGUCGAGGCUAACCAUGCCUUCGAUCAGUACCGCGAGAUGUACUACGAAGGAGGCGUCUCGUCCGCGUACCUGUGGGACCUGGAACACGGCUUCGCUGGCGUCAUUCUGAUCAAGAAGGCCGGCGAGGGCAACCAGAAGACGAAGGGCUGCUGGGACUCGAUCCACGUGGUGGAGGUGCAGGAGAAGAGCUCCGGUCGGACGGCGCAUUACAAGCUCACAUCGACCGCGAUGCUGUGGCUGCAGACCAACAAACAGGGUUCCGGUACGAUCAACCUUGGCGGCAGCCUCACCAGACAGAUCGAACAGGAUGCCCCGGUAAGCGAAACGAGCCCCCACAUUGCAAACAUCGGGCGCAUCGUCGAAGACAUGGAGAACAAAAUCCGUAACACGCUAAACGAGAUUUACUUCGGCAAGACGAAGGACAUCGUCAACGGGCUGCGAAGUAUUCAGUCGCUGGCCGACACGAACCAGCAGGCGACGAUGAAGAAGGAUCUAGCGGCGGCGCUGCUACGACGAACUGGCAAGAGCGAGAACUGAGCAGCCAAUGGCCAGCCGGUCGUCCUCUGCCCCCUCCCCUGCCGACUUCCGUUCGACGAACACCACCAUCAUCGGUAUCCGCAGCCACCACAACCACCACCACCAACAGCAUCAUCAUCAUCACUAGUAGCGUUGUUGUCGUCAUCAUCGUUUUCAUCGAAGUUCAACACUUUCGUCAUGCAUAGUGUCGUUUUUGCCCGAUAUUUUCGCCAAACGGUGAUAUGAGUAGGCAGUAAUCACCGUUUUAGGAUAGAAAGAUAUGAGAACACAAAAGUUGCACAAUCCAGCAUAGUAUUCGAGGCAAUAGGGAGAUCUUUCGUACGCGAGUGACAUUCGCGAUAAGCCCCGGCAGGUGGCAAACAGGGCAAUCGAACAACAUAUGGCACGGGCUGAGUACGAUCCAAAACAGCGAGAGGAGAGAAAGGACAUAACUAGCAUAGAGCCAACGAAGAUCACUGCAUUUGCUUUGCGAAACAGGAUAAGAAAGCUAGCAGGGAGGAAGAGGAUGAACAAACGUUGGGGCAGAAAUUCGUACCGAGCGAACCCUUACUGGCGUCGUCGUCUUGCCUGCCCUAUUUACCGCAAUUAACGUAGGUUAAUAAAAGCUUAAAUCAAACAAAGGAUCGUCUACUACCAUCCGGUGGAGCGUGUGGUGUCGUACGUAAUGGAUUUUUCAAAGUUUUGAAAUAGGAAACAGUAGGACAUACGCUUGGCACCCCGAAAACACUAGACGGUUAUUCCACCUUUCCGUUCAUCUCGAUGAAUGGGGCUCAACACAUCUUCAAGCAGAGGAGAAUGCUUAACGAACGGGUAGUGUUCACGGUUUUAGCCACACCACGCUGUUCAACCAUGCUUAUUAUUUACGCGUUUUGUCAUUUUUUGUUCGCAAAUCACCGUACAAUAGGUGCGCGGCGCACACUCCCCAUCUUUUUAUUUCAUUACUUUGGCGUUCGCGACGGGCAGGGUUUACACAAUAAUCGAUUACAUUUCCUAUUAUCUUUAAUCAAUAUCCGUUCGUCCGAGUGUUCUCUAUGGGGAAAAAAAGAAGUUAGAAAAAACAAUUCACACACAAACACACACACACUACUGAACCGUGAACGUCUUGGCGUCCGUGGAAUGAGGACUAGAACACAGGAUAAGGGUGUCCGAUAGCUGCGAAGUAGGGGGUAUGUGGGAAAAUAAUUUUUAUAUUUAAACGAAAUGUGCAAAUGUACGAAAUAGAAAGGUUCAUGCGACAAAACAAAUAUAUAAUUAAAUUCAAAACUAA